AUGCUGGUGCUUCCUUAAUUAGCUAUAUCGACAGUAAACAUCUCUGAAAGCGACAAUGGCUGAGGGUGAAAAACGAGUAGCGAAGAAGGGCAACAAGAAAGCUCUGCCUAAGAAAUCUAAGGACGGCAGGAAAAGGAGAAAGGCCAGGAAGCAGAGCUACGGCAUCUACGUCUACAAAGUCCUGAAACAGGUCCAUCCUGACACCGGCAUCUCCUCCAAGGCCAUGAGCAUCAUGAACUCCUUUGUGUGUGACAUCUUUGAGCGCAUCGCUGGAGAGGCCUCCCGUCUGGCUCAUUACAACAAGCGCUCCACCAUCACCUCCAGGGAGAUCCAGACCGCCGUCCGCCUGCUGCUGCCCGGAGAGCUGGCCAAGCACGCCGUGUCUGAGGGCACCAAGGCCGUCACCAAGUACACCAGCUCCAAGUAAGCUACGCAUGUAGUGAACUUCAAACCAACGGCUCUUUUAAGAGCCACACACUUCAUUAUAGAGAGCGAGCUUCCCACUAUGUUGAAUAUUACAUGUAAUAAAUUGAUUAAUCUGUACUACAUCAAAUAUUGAUUAUGAAGCUAUUUAGAAACACACAUGAGAGAGAUUACAAAGAAUAAAGUCUAAUAAGUCAAACCCAGAAAAAUUCUUUGGUAACUCCUUAUUAUAAUGAAAGAAAAGUAGUGCAAAUGAUGAGUCAAUAAAUCUAACAAGAUUAUUAUAGUAGUGUAAGGUACUGUCAUUGUUGUUGUCCAUAUUCUACAACAAGUGAUGAUUACCCACUGGCUAAUAUAUCUUUAUAGUGCUGAAAUGCUGUAGGAGAACAUGAUUACAAAUGAGAUUCCCCAUGCUGUUCAGCCUUGUCAAUUCAUUAAUUAGUUACUGCACAGUUUCAUGUUACUGAUGGAAAGCUUAGAACCUCCUCAUUUGAUCAAAAGUGUGUUUUUAGUAAUGUUUUUUUGAAUGUACUGAACUAUAACACUUGCCCAAAAAUAUACUGAAGUAAAAGUGAAAUUACUGAUUUGAAAAUGCACUCAUAAAAGUACAAAGAGCUACAAGAUUACAGUAAUAUGAGUGAAUGUCAUUGUAAGAGACCACAUAAGGGGGAAAAAAUGUUUAAAAUGUAUUUAUGAGUUUACCUGUUGUACUCAGGGUUUGAGUUUUCCUUUUGUUUUGAUAUUAUGGGGGGGCUUUUAUUUUGAAGGCAGGUUUUCUACUACAUCACUCAACAGAAGGCAACCAGCUGGACGGUGCACAAGAUAUCAGCUUUAUGAUCUUUAAAUGUUAUAAAUAUCUUUGUGUAUGAUUUCAGAGCAUUCUGUUAAAAUUGUCUAGCUUACAAAUUAGCAUUACAUGUGUGUCCUAGCCUGGCUUUUAAUCUUUGAGGCCUGUUAAGUUUGCCAGCCUAUAGAACACAAUUAAUUGUGAUUAUGGCCUCUUUUAUAGAUCUGUGUGUCUUAUAUAUAUAUAUAUAUAUAUAUAUAUAUAUAUAUAUAUAUAUAUAUAUAUAUAUAUGAUAAUAGUAUCUCUUCAUUGUUUUAAUAACAGAUAGUUGUGGGGGUUUUUCUGUAGAUAUGUCAUGUUGCUUGGAAUAUUUUUAUUAAUCAGUGUUGUAAUGCCUGUUUCUCUCAGCUCUUACAGUGUGAUUUUGACAAUUUGCACUACGUAAAUGAAAAUAAAAAGGUGUCUAAAACCA